CAAGUUAGUUAUUGGGCAAAAGAUUUUUAUUUACUAGGUGUUUGACACACACACAUUACCGACACUGUGCUAAGAGUGACAAACUUUAAAGUCAGUGACGAACUACGAUGAAAGGCACAUGGCUGCGAGGCACCACGAUGCUGGCCUGUGUGAUUGCGGCAUGUCAUGGUCUAUACUUUCACAUCGCCGAAGGUGAACGUAAAUGUUUCAUUGAAGAGGUGCCUGAAGAAACUCUUGUGGUUGGUCAUUACAAAUGUCAGCUUCACGAUCCGAACACGGGUGGUUUCAUGCCGUCGUCACCUGGAAUUGGUAUGCACGUAGAAGUCCGCGAUCCCGAAGAAAAGAUAAUUCUUUCCAAGAUCUAUUCCUCUGAAGGUCGAUUUACGUUCACGUCGCAUUCACCAGGUGAGCACGCCAUAUGCCUAUAUUCGAAUUCGUCGAAGUGGUUCUCUGGCAGUCAACUGCGUGUCCAUCUUGACCUGCAGGUGGGAGAGCAUGCCAUAGAUUACGCGUCCGUGGCUCAGAAAGAAAAACUGUCCGAUUUAGAGGUUCGAGUGCGGCAGCUGCUUUCACAAACCGAGCAAAUCGCAAAAGAACAAAACUAUCAAAGGUAUCGAGAAGAACGUUUCCGACAAACCUCAGAGUCAACAAACUCACGUGUUUUUUACUGGGCUGUAGGUCAGUUCUUGCUGCUGGUUGGUAUGGGGGUGUGGCAAAUGAAACAUCUCAAGGGCUUCUUUGAGGCCAAAAAGCUUGUUUAAAUAAAUCUUUUGGGGAACGUGGAAACUGAUCAGGGACAUCAUGGAUGUCACGAUACCAUUGGCGAUUAAAUGUGACAGUCGUUGCAGUUAAUGGGAGGCAAUUACGCAACGUCCCAAGGUUUGCAAUGGAUCCUGGGCAAGAUUGAGUGAAAGUUACGAUGUGAGUGUAAACCUUGUAUCAUGUGUAAUGUAUUAUUCAUAUUUUACUAAUAAUAUUAUGCCUAUUUGUAUGAUUAUUUUAAGAAUUAUUUUAGUGAAGAAAGGAAAUAAAGAACAAGGUUGGGCCAAUUAUGGCCAUGUAUGUCUAUUAAA